UUCGCUUCCUGCUACACUAGCUCCAGCUGGAUCUUGUCAUCAGUGUCGAACCUUCUGCAGAAACAUUACUUUUAUUUUUACUAAACGGCCAUUAUUUUUUAUCACCAGACAGAAAAAAAAAUUGACAUCUCGCUAUGCCCAUAUUCCCGGAGCUGUAUUUUAAUGUGGAUAAUGGCUAUUUGGAAGGGCUUGUCCGAGGUUUCAAGGCAGGAAUCCUGUCGCAGGGCGACUAUCUCAAUUUAGUGCAAUGUGAAACGCUGGAAGACCUGAAGCUUCACCUGCAGAGUACAGACUAUGGCAGCUUUUUGGCCAAUGAAGCCUCGCCCCUUACGGUCUCUGUCAUUGACGACAAGCUGAAGGAGAAGAUGGUUGUGGAGUUUCGUCACAUGAGGAACCAGUCCUAUGAACCGCUUGCCAGUUUCAUGGACUUCAUCACAUACAGCUACAUGAUUGACAACGUCAUUCUCCUGAUCACGGGCACGUUACACCAGCGUGCGAUUUCAGAGCUGGUGCCCAAGUGCCAUCCCCUGGGCUCCUUCGAGCAGAUGGAGGCUGUCAACAUUGCCCAGACCCCCGCAGAGCUUUACAAUGCCAUUCUGGUCGACACCCCGCUUGCUGCGUUCUUUCAGGACUGUAUAUCAGAGCAGGACUUGGAUGAAAUGAACAUUGAGAUUAUAAGGAAUACCCUUUACAAGGCUUAUCUCGAGGCUUUCUACAAGUUCUGUUCGUCCUUGGGGGGAACCACAGCCGAUACAAUGUGCCCCAUUCUUGAAUUUGAGGCUGACAGGAGAGCGUUCAUCAUCACCAUUAACUCCUUUGGGACGGAGCUGUCGAAAGAGGACCGGGCCAAGCUCUUCCCACACUGCGGCAAGCUGUACCCCGAGGGCCUGGCCCAGCUGGCCCGCGCGGACGACUACGAGCAGGUCAAAGCUGUGGCUGACUUCUACCCUGAAUAUAAACUUCUCUUUGAGGGAGCUGGCAGCAACCCCGGAGAUAAAACACUUGAAGACCGGUUCUUUGAGCAUGAGGUAAAACUCAACAAGUUGGCCUUCCUGAACCAGUUUCACUUCAGCGUGUUCUACGCCUACGUCAAGCUGAAGGAGCAGGAGUGCCGGAACAUUGUGUGGAUCGCUGAGUGCAUCGCCCAGAGACACCGCGCCAAGAUCGACAACUACAUCCCCAUCUUCUGAGCUUCUGGAGAUAGGCUUAAAAGGAGACGGUCAUUGAGAGACCGAUAAGGAGAAAAAUAUACAGUGUAAUUGUUUUGGUUGUCUAGUGUGGUGUUGUGUAUGAAUGCCUGCUGAGUUUGUGAAACAUUGAGAAGUGGACCAAAAGUAUUUCAGCUGAGCCCCAACUGUAGAUGUCUAAAUCCCUGCAAGCUUGCAACAUUAUUGGUUAGUGACCAACAGUUCUUGUGGAAAAUCUAAAUCCAAGAAAUUGAGUAUUGCUCUGUGUCAUCAUGAAGUGUAGGCCAAUCAGUGUGUUUGAACUCACACAGCCACGCCUGCUCCAGUAAUGAAACUGGAGACAUCUCGCACACUAAAGACUUUUCACAGCAGACUGACGGCAUGCUGUGGCUCAGCUACGAGGCCUCGCAGUUACCUGUGAAAUAAAUAUUCCUGCAGAUUUAAAUGCUGGGAAGAGUUAAUCAAAUUAAACUGGGUCUCCUUUUCGGGUGAUAAGUUAUACAACUAAAGGCAGUGUGAGGCUUUGUCUAGUGAAACAUUUAUUUGUAGAAAAACUGCAACACAUUCCAUAUUUCAUCCUGUUGUUAAAUUCUAGGUAUGAAUUAUUGCAGUGUUAUGUAUGGCACGGUCAGCAUGUUGCGUGUUCAUUGAAGCCAGAAGGAACUGUUAAAUGUUGUACUUUUAAAUGUCUAGAAAAUAUUCUGCUUAUUUAAAAAUGGCCGCACUCACUUUCAUGUCCAUAAAAGGACUUGAUUGUAUUUUUUUUUUCUUAUAAAACCAUAUAUCGCCAAGGUUAUUGCAGUUCAAGGUGUCUACAGGUUUAACACUUGCCCUAAACUGAAAAGUGUAGAUUUACUGUUGCAGGAAUAAGAGCAACUUGUGUUCUGUCAGUCUAGGAAAUCCUCUGUACAUUCUGAAUCGUAUGAUGUGCUUCCCCAAUGUGAACCGAUAAACUUGCCUGGAGAAUCAGUAACCAAAACAUUAUUUCUGACGGCAUACAUUUGUGUAGAGAAUAUUGAUUAUCUGGAAUAUUUGAAAUGUGUAUAGAGUGAAAUGUGUUUUUUCCAGACCUUCUCUCGUGGUGUAUAUAUUCAUAUACAGUACUAAAGUGAGAUGUGAUAUACCUUUGUUUUGAUUUGUUGUGAAAAUAAUCUCCUAAAUGUAAUAAAAGUAAUUUAUUAUUCUACUAUAAGCAAA